AUGUCUGAUCACCACUUUUAUUCCGACAAGUCCAACUUCAAGUCUGCAGUGCUAGAUGGGUACUUGUUCCUUUCAGAAACCUACAAGCCCGAGACCGAGGAAAAACUCGAAGACAAAAUUGUCAUUUUGGGGGGUGGUCCAGGUGCAAGAUAUGGACGAGGCCUAUGUGGAAUAAUUGAAAAGCUAGGACUUGCAAUGAAUACUGUAGAGAUUCAUACGUGGUACCACCUGUUCAUGUUGCGGACUAAGCAUGCAGAUGAGAUAAGCAAAGAACGUAAAAAACGGGAAGCUUUUGACGUGAAGAUCUCGUUCCUAGGGCUCUGGGACUGUACAGGCAAUGUUGGGAUCAACCCGAUAGUCUUCCCUUAUGAACUGAUAAAUCCUUCUGUCGAACAUAUCCGGCAUGCAGUUGCUAAGGACGAGACUUGUAAGAGGUCACUUUUCGUGGCGACCAUAGGACCAUCGUUUACUCGACCGACACUCACUGUCAGAUGGUCCUCUUUGCUGGAUGGUGUCAGAGUUCAGAAUUCUUCCCUUGUUGUGUACUUGAGCUAG